AUGGCGCGAACCUCGUCAUCGAAGAAGAAGCGCCUUCUCCAACGACUUACUCUGAGUGGCAAAGACAUUCUCAAGAAAUCUGAGCGAAAGAACAGGUUCCUCUUCUCCUUCCGUGGCCUCCUUGCCCCCAUUGGAGGCGGUAAGAUCCGUGCUCUCAAGAAUUUGGGCACCAAGAACCCCGUCUUAUACCUCGAUUUCCCUCUGGGUCGGAUGAAGUUGUUUGGGACUAUUGUGCCCCUAGUGGUCAGCGCCUUUCUACAGUCUGUUUGCCGCACAACUCUAAACCAUGAUAUAAAUUUGAAGAAAGGAGUGAAUAGUUGUACGUCUGAGUAA